AUGUCUACUGUUGUUUUCCCUGGUGAUCAGCUCCAUUACGAUGAGAAUAAGCCACUUAACAUUGGUCCAGGUGUGUAUUGUGAUCCCAAAAGUCAGAAAGUUCUCCCCAUAAAUGCAGGUUCGGCAGUGGUAUCUGAUAGUAAAAAAGAUCAGAGUCUGUAUAUUGACUACGAUUCGAAAAGGUAUAUUCCCGCUGUUGGCGAUUUAGUAGUUGGUAUUAUUGUGGGCCAGUACACUGAUAGCUACAAAGUUUCACUGUCAAGUUUUUCAACUAGUGUGACUCUUCCAUAUAUGGCAUUCCCCAAUGCAUCCAAGAAGAAUAAACCAACACUGAAGAUUGGAGACCUUGUGUACGCCCGGGUGUCUUCAGCUGAAAAGGAAUUGGAAGCCGAAUUGGAGUGUGUGGAUGCCACCACUGGUAAAGAUGCGGGAUAUGGGCUUUUGGAUGGAGGUAUGACGGUAGAUGUAACUCUUAAAUUUGCACGCCAUCUGUUGUUUGAUAACAGUUUUCCCCUUUUACCUAUACUUGCUAAACAUACUCAGUUCGAAAUUGCUAUUGGUGUAAACGGUAAGAUAUGGAUUAAAUGUGAAGAAGUUAAGGAUACCUUAGCAUGCUAUAGAUCAAUACUGGAUUGUCAAAGUUUACCAGUCUCAAACCAUAAGAAUGUUGUCAAGGAAAAUUUUAGUAAAGUUUCCAAAGUUGCCGAAGCAUGA